AUGGACGCACUCAAUGCCACCAGGGCGUCGUCCGUCUUGACGUCUGUCCUCGCCAACUCGAAAUAUGUCAGCGCCAACAUCCCUCCUCAGGUCGACUAUGUCAUCGACACCAUUGCUGCCGCGGGACCGUGGACUUGGUUCUUCACCAUCUUGGCCAUCUGCGUCGUCUAUGACCAAGUCAGCUACCUUAUGAACAAGGGUUCUAUUGUUGGCCCAGCAUGGAAGCAGCCUUUCAUUGGACCCUUUCUCCAGUCCAUGGACCCCAAGUUUGAGGAGUACUAUGCCAAGUGGUUGAGCGGCCCCUUGAGCUGCGUCUCCGUCUUCCAUAAGUUUGUCGUUAUCGCGUCCACUCGAGACAUGGCUCGCAAGGUGCUCAACUCCCCGGCUUAUGUCAAGCCCUGUGUCGUCGAUGCCGCGUACAAGCUCCUCGGAGAGGACAACUGGGUUUUCCUCGACGGCAAGCCCCACGUGGAUUUCCGCAAGGGCCUCAACGGCCUCUUCACCCGCAAGGCUCUCGAGUCCUACCUGCCCGGCCAGGAAGAGGUCUAUAAGGUCUACUUCAAGCGAUUCCUCGACAUCACCAAGGAGAAUGGCGGCAAGCCCGUCCCCUUCAUGCCCGAAUUCCGUGAGCUCAUGUGCGCCGUCUCUUGCCGUACCUUUGUUGGACACUACAUCUCCGACGAGGCCGUCAAGAAGAUUGCCGAUGACUAUUAUCUCAUCACUGCGGCUCUUGAGCUCGUCAACUUCCCCAUCAUUCUUCCCUACACCAAGACGUGGUAUGGAAAGAAGGCCGCCGACAUGGUUCUCGCUGAGUUCGCAAAGUGUGCCGCCAAGAGCAAGGUCCGCAUGGCUGCUGGUGGAGACGUCACCUGCAUCAUGGACGCCUGGAUUCUGCAGAUGAUUCAAUCCGAGCGCUGGCGUGAGGCUGAGGAGAAGGGCCUGUCCACCGAGGGCAUGACUGUCUUCACCUUCCUUUUCGCCUCUCAGGAUGCCACCAGCAGUGCCGCGACAUGGCUGUUCCAGAUUGCUGCCCAGCGACCCGACGUUCUUGACCGCGUUCGAGAGGAAAACCUCAAGGUUCGAAACGGUGACGCCUAUGCUGAGCUGAACAUGGAUCAGCUUGAGUCCCUGACCUACACCCGCGCCGUCGUCCGAGAGCUUCUGCGAUACCGCCCUCCCGUCCUCAUGGUUCCAUACAAGGUCAAGAAGCCGUUCCCCAUCACCGACAAGUACACUGUUCCCAAGGGUGCCAUGUUGAUCCCCACGACAUACAUGGCUCUUCACGACCCCGAUGUUUACGAGAACCCCGACUACUUUGAUCCCGAGAGAUACUAUUCUGGUGACGCCGAGGUCAAGGGUGCCAAGAACUACUUGGUCUUUGGAACCGGCGCUCACUACUGCCUGGGCCAAGUUUAUGCACAGCUUAACCUGGCCCUGAUGCUCGGAAAGGCAUCUGUGCAGAUGAACUGGACUCAUCACGCUACUCCUCUCUCAGAGGAGAUUAAGGUGUUUGCAACCAUCUUUCCCAAGGAUGACUGCCCUCUUACUUUUGAGGAGAGAAAAUAA